CACCAUCAGCGGCGCUGGGGCAGCGGCUAGAGGCGCGGGGGAGGUUUGAGCCACGCCGGCUGCCGUACGCUGGGAGGUGCUACCGCCCGCUUCUGCGCGGGGCGGUCGGACGGCUCCGGCCGCGCCAUGCAGUCCCUGCUGCCGGUCGCCCUCCUCCUUCCCUUACUGCUCGUCCCCUUAGCGCUCCUGGCGAGGAGGCGCCGCGGCCGGCGGACACCUCCCCUCAGGCUCCUGGUGGUGGCCGGCUCCGGUGGGCACACAACAGAAAUCCUGAGGUUACUUAGCUGUUUGUCAGAGUCAUACUCUCCUAGACAUUAUAUUUUUGCAGACUCAGAUAAGAUGAGUGAAGCUAAAAUACGUUCUUUUGAGCAAAAAAGGGCUGAAACAUUCUCCAAUUCCCAGUUCACCCUUGAUCGCAUUCCCAGAAGCCGUGAGGUUAGACAAUCUUGGACCUCCUCUGUGGUAACAACCCUGUACUCCCUACUUUACUCCCUUCCUUUGACCUACAGACUGAAACCAGAUUUGAUAUUGUGCAAUGGACCAGGAACAUGUGUUCCUGUCUGCAUAUCUGCUCUUCUUCUUGGGCUUCUAGGAAUAAAGAGAGCAAUCAUUGUGUAUGUAGAGAGCAUCUGCCGCGUGGAAACUUUAUCCCUGUCUGGAAAGAUUCUUUACUACUUUUCUGAUUAUUUCAUCGUUCAGUGGCCUGAUCUAAAGGAAAAAUAUCCCAAAUCAGUAUAUCUUGGUCGAAUAGUGUAACAACAGAAGACAAGCUUUACCUAAAAUAAACUCUGCAAACUCCUCACUGAAGAAAUGCACCGAUGUAGUGAUUUAUUUUCAAGGAUUCCUGUUAAGAAAUGAGGCUGGUACUGGAAAAGGAGACAAUAAUAAAGAUAUCUCUACAUUUAAGUA